AUGUCAGUCGUCGGCGACGCUUACUGCUUUGCCUGCGCUUCUCGCCCCCAUCCCGUCUCAUUCGCUGCUCGACAAAACCACACCAGUCGCAUUGCUCAGCGUCCGUGUUGGUGUCUGUGUCUGUGUCCCGGUGUCUUGUCUCCAUUCAAUCCCGCCUGCACUUCUUUCUCGACCUCCGUUCUCGUAGCCAAUCCUGACGGCCCUCCAUAUGCGAUUGGGCUCGGCACCACCCUCGAGGCAGACAACGAGCCAGACUCGCCUUUGAACGUCCGACUCCCAACUCCCUUCUACCCAGCGCUGGAGAGACAUAGUACCCCAAGUACUCUCGACGACCCGGCCUCUCCCCUUCCGACCGGCCAGCGUCCAUGUCUCGAGCCCAUCUGCGGCCGCCACUCAACCUCACGUCGUGACGCCCUUCCCGCUCCCGCUGGCACCCACCUCGAGGUAUGGCAUGACGCCUGCUGCCCUGCAACACCAUCUCCCGAUCGCCAUUACGGCGAGUCUUGA